AUGACAAACCACGAAAAGCAGACGACUACAACUGUCAAAAAGUUCUAUCUAGUGCUGCUUUUGGAAGUGAAUUUACAACGCCGUCUGGGAUCCAGAGAUGACACUAUCCUCAUGUCUGCACCGAGCACCUGCAGGCACCUGCACAGAUGUAGAGCAGCUAGGGCCCCGAUUUUCACUGCAGACUUGAUACAAGCCGAACUGGACAUUCGCUUGCGUCAUCCUAUGCUCUCCCUUGUCAAACCCUGGAUGCUGGAUAAACAACUUUACAGCGUUAAGACGAAGCUGGCUAAAGACUACCAAUGGAAAUGCCACGAAGAAGCUAUUGAGGCGUGCCGCCGCAAGUCACUCGAUCAGUUUGUUUAUUUCCUUUCCCGGGAUCUUGCCUUCCUCAGAGAUCGGGCGCCCAUCUUGAGUAAAGAGCUCUGGGCAGACAAACAGGCCACUCGCUCUUUCAUUUGGGACACUUGGAUUUGGAAUCCCAGAGCUUGGAUCAUCCGCCGUUAUUUUCAAGGUACGAAAUUCAUUUCACUACCGUCAGGAUCGUCUGAUGUAAUUCCUACCCACCUCAGUGGGACGCCAACUUCUAUCACCAAUCCAAGAUGCAGCAGCAGUGGCAGUGACGGCCAAGAGCAACCGGUUUACACUUUAGAAAGAAGUAGCAGAAGAACGACGACGACACAAUGGCCGCUCUGGCGCUGGGCAAAUUUUUUGCAGCGGGCCUGGGUCUGGUCCUGUAACGGCGCCUACGCUUGCGGUUAUCUUGUUCCUUGGUGCAGCCCAAUCGGUUUAAGAGCUCUUGUGGCGAAUCAACCUUUCUACGCCGAUCUUGAACUGUCGCAGGUCAACGGAACCCUUUGUCCUCGUCGCUCGGCUUACACGCCAACCCUCAAUUCGCGUUUGGCUUCACUCUGGCGUCACAUUUCAAAGUCAAGAACCGAAUUUGAAACGAAACCCGACACGGGUUUCAUGGGCAAAGGCUUAACCCGACAGCUCAAUAGAGCCUGGAAUUACGGCUUUAAAGGUCUCCUAUGCAGUUUGUUGUUUCUACUCAUCUUCCCGGUUAUUUGUAUCCUAUGCAGCGCCGGAGGCAUUUGCCUGGCGCUGUCCGCUCCUGUUUGGGCUCCUGUCUUCGCCCUGAUCUACCAGGUCUGCAUAAUCCUAGUCUGGGAUGUGGAUAACCCUGACCCUAAGCGUGGCCCCCUCCUUCCUAUGAUCCGUGUCCUCGUUCGUGACCUACUACUCGAUGGACUCCUUCAACCUAUCGCCUGCUUGGUCACUGCCUUCAUUGUUUGUCCGCUGAUAUCCCUACUCUUGGCCGUUUAUGGUAUGCUUCAUUGGAUGACGGUUCGUUCUCGAGACGCUAUUAUUUACAGUCUCGCCAUCCGCCCGAGAGGUCGCAUCCCUGCAUCAGAAGGCUUCCUAGUCAAGCGCAUUGCUGGGCCAGGAUUGAAUACCGAGUUUCAAUACCAGAUUUCGAAAGAACAAGCUUUGGCUGCGUUUGAAGCUCGCUUGGAAUCGGACCGUCUGAUUGCUUAUCGCCGACAAACGGAGCGCUUAAUCCGCCGCCCAGCAGAAGAAUUUCGUCUCUUCGUUCAACAAGUGUUCUCCCCUUUCUCGGGAACUGCUUGGUGUCCUACUCCGGUCACUGAAAAGCCCGUCGAGAAGGCAGACGCUACUGCAUCGAACUUCAAGUCAUCGAAUGUCGCUGCACAGCUGGAGCGCGAGACACAAGCUUUAUUAGCGUCGCUGGAAGAAAAGGUGGAACGUCGAUUGGAACAACUGCGAAUGUCAUUGAAUAGCAACGCCUUGAAAAAGAUUCGAAUGUCAUCUGCCGAUUUAAAAAUGGUAUUAGUGCGAUCAGCAAUGAUGAUGCGCACUUUCUACCCGACCGAAAUUCUGGUGCGCCUCGGUGUCAAUGAGUCUGAACUAUGGGAACGCUACAACGUAGAAGAAGGGGAUUGGCUGGCUUUGUCGGCCAUCUUUCUGAGUGAAAUAUUUAGUUCCUCAAUCCUUAAUCCCCUUAAUGAUGAAGAAACUCGCAUUCAACUCCAGGCAAAAGAUCUUAAUCUGGGUCGUUAUGGGGCCAUGUUCACUCAAUCCGAUCUUGACAGCGAGCCUUUCGAGUGGCCGCAACGGGCGUUUCAACCAGCGGUUGUUCCAUUGCCUGAUUUCUCCUAUUUUAGUCCAGUGGGUCGCGACGCGGCCAACAGCAGUCCGCCGUGGAAGAAAAAAAGGACGACACAGGUGCAUGGCCAUUCAGGACGUCUUUCCGAAGGAGUAGCUUCGUGGAUGGGAAAAUCCGUCACCGUUUCAGAGCCGAGCCGAGCUGGAUGGAAUUCGGAGCUGCUAAUACCCCUACCGGUCUCCCAUCCGGUGCUCAUUUGCAUACUCAUCUACAACCGUCAUCGAGAUGUCGGUGCCAUUCCCUUGGAAUCGGAAUCGUGCCGCCUUCUCAUUCGUUUCUUGGAAGGAUCGGUCACACUUUCUCGAAGAAAAGAAAACACAAUAUCUCGGCCACCCAUGUUGCUGGAUGCUGCGGCCAGCAGAAGCCUAGCAAGUCACAAACCUUUACUGGGCAGUUCGGGAUCGGAUCUAGCUUUGUCACAACCUUCACUGGCAGUUGAUUUCUCCAACACACCCAGCACUAGCCCCUCACAGCACGACAUGCUCGUUUCUAUUGCCCAGGACGGAACUCUUUCGCUAGUCGGUACACUCGUCUCGGAGCACGCUUCAGUCGAUAUUGACAUGGGCUUAGACCAGGAAAAUAUUGCGCAAAGUUUAUCAGCUUCUAGAGAUGUUGAUGCUGAUACGGUACUAUCGAAGAGUCUAGGUUCAACCUUAGCUCGAGCGGCCGACACGUUGCGCAUGGCUCUUUUGGGAGAGAAAGCAGAAGAGACGUCGUCUGCGUCUGGGGGUCGUAAUAAAUAUGCAGUUGAGAAUUUCGAGCUUUUACCCAGCAGCGAUGAGCACCUUGCCGCCACUAAUACUGCACCAGAGAGUCGCCCAGAAGUCACUGAAAAGAGUAAGAAGUUUCCCACCUACCAACCAGCGUCUUUCCGUAGUUGGCGUAUGAAUCUUCCUGCACCGAUACGAUAUGAUUCUGAUCCGAGGUUGAGGACCUCCGUAGACUCAAAUCAACCACAACCGACGAGUCCUCGACCACUUGGUCUUUUUGAAUUAAGCAGAGGUUUAGCCCUAGAUCGUGGGCCUGCAUUCAGUCCAGCCCAGCUGUCCAUCGGUAGACGUUUGAUGGAAAGGGGCGAGAUGGCGGCAUCAGGCAGCCAAGAUAGUUUACCUUUUGCCGAAGAAGACGCGUCUUUAGUCGAUUCACCAGAUUGCGAUCUUUCAAAAAAUGCUCCGAUACGCAAAAAUCCAGAAACCUUGGGGAAUACCGGCCAGUCUUAUUGUGAAGUCCAGACAGUGCAGCAAUCUCGACCGGCUGCCGUUUUAGCAUCGAUCGAAGAUUUGAGUCUCAGUAUUGACAGUCAACAUACUCACUUAGAUAUUACAUCUCAACUUGGAACUCAAGUUUGACAUGGUUUUUCUUUACACAAUUUUUUGAGUUUUAAUAUAUUCUCUACACAUUUACAACUGUUGAGCCCGGAAGCGAUCCAGCCCAAGACGUCUUAUGUUUCAUUUAUAUUGUUUGAAAAACUCCGCGUGUGGCUCGAUAAUCUAUCGCCUUUUCAAUAAGCCAAACUAUCGCGGUUAUUAAAA